UGAGAUACAAAUAAAAUGCAACAGUGCUUAUCAUCCGGUGUAUUAACAUCAAGGACCACUUCUUGGACAUCCACUAACUGCUACACUGUGCGAGGAGCUUGCACAUCAAGCCUGGCUUCCCCGCUUCUUUCUGCAGACUCGAGCUGCAGGGAACCGUGCGGGAGGGCUCGCCUCCCGCAGAGCGCCGGGCGCGGACGGCGGGCGGAUCCCCGCUUAGUCCCGGCGGGAGGGACGCGCGGCGUCCUUUCUCCAACGUUCGCUCCUGACACACCCGCGACGCCCUCGGACCGUAGCCUCAGCGCCCGGGGCGCGGGCUCGGGCGGCGGGGGCGUGGCCACCGGCGCGGAUAACGGGCAGCCCCGGCCGCUGCGGCCCACGCCUCCGCCGCCCGGCAGCCGCAGGCGGGGCGCUUUUUUUUCCUAGUUAAACUUUGGCCACGUGAACCGCCCCCCAUUCACUUUUGCGCCAAUCGCGGGGCGCGGACGGAUCCCGAGAGGGGCCACACAGCUCGCCGCCGCCGGGGCCGCUUCAUAACGCGCAGUGCGUGACGUGAGGGGCUCCUGUUGCAAUGGCGAGCUAAGCCGGAGGAUGUGCAGCUGCAGCGGCGGCGCCGGCCACGAAGACGACGGGGGCGGGCGCAGCGCGCACGGCGCGGGCCCGGAUGGCGGCCAGCGCGACGGGAACUUUAUCUUCGUGGGAGUCAUGACCGCCCAGAAAUACCUGCAGACCCGCGCCGUGGCCGCCUACAGAACGUGGUCCAAGACAAUUCCUGGGAAAGUUGAGUUCUUCUCUAGUGAGGGUUCAGAUACAUCUAUACCAAUUCCAAUAGUGCCACUACGGGGCGUGGAUGACUCCUACCCGCCCCAGAAGAAGUCUUUUAUGAUGCUCAAGUACAUGCAUGACCACUACUUGGACAAGUAUGAAUGGUUUAUGAGAGCAGAUGAUGAUGUUUACAUCAAAGGAGAUCGGCUGGAGAGUUUCCUGAGGAGUUUGAAUAGCAGUGAGGCCCUCUUUCUUGGGCAAACAGGACUGGGCACUACAGAAGAAAUGGGGAAACUGGCCCUUGAGCCCGGUGAGAACUUCUGCAUGGGGGGGCCCGGUGUGAUAAUGAGCCGGGAGGUGCUUCGGAGAAUGGUCCCACACAUUGGCAAGUGUCUCCAGGAGAUGUACACUACCCACGAGGAUGUGGAGGUGGGAAGAUGUGUCCGGAGGUUCGCGGGUGUGCAGUGUGUCUGGUCUUAUGAGAUGCAGCAGCUUUUUUAUGAGAAUUAUGAACAGAACAAGAAGGGGUACAUUAGAGAUCUCCAUAACAGUAAGAUUCACCGAGCUAUCACAUUACAUCCCAACAAGAACCCACCCUACCAGUACAGACUGCACAGCUACAUGCUUAGUCGCAAAAUCGCCGAGCUGAGGCAUCGCACAAUCCAGCUCCACCGAGAAAUCGUCCUGAUGAGCAAAUACAGCAAUACAGAGAUCCACAAGGAAGACCUGCAGUUGGGCAUCCCCCCUUCCUUUAUGCGCUUUCAGGCCCGCCAGCGGGAGGAGAUUCUGGAGUGGGAGUUUCUGACUGGAAAAUACUUGUAUUCAGCUGCCGAUGGCCAGCCCCCCCGGAGAGGAAUGGACUCUGCACAGAGGGAAGCUUUGGAUGACAUCGUCAUGCAGGUGAUGGAGAUGAUCAACGCCAAUGCCAAGACGCGAGGGCGCAUCAUUGACUUCAAGGAGAUCCAGUACGGCUACCGGCGGGUGAACCCCAUGUAUGGGGCAGAGUACAUCCUAGACCUGCUGCUCCUCUACAAGAAGCACAAAGGGAAGAAGAUGACGGUGCCUGUAAGAAGGCACGCGUACCUGCAGCAGACCUUCAGCAAGAUCCAGUUCAUGGAACAUGAGGAGCUGGACGCACAGGAGCUGGCCAACAGGAUCAAUCAAGACUCUGGCUCCCUGUCUUUUCUCUCCAAUUCCCUGAAGAAGCUUGUUCCCUUCCAGCUCCCAGGGUCCAAGAACGAGCACAAAGAGCCCAAAGAUAAGAAAAUAAAUAUCCUAAUUCCUUUGUCUGGACGUUUUGACAUGUUUGUGAGAUUUAUGGGAAACUUUGAGAAGACAUGUCUCAUUCCAAAUCAGAAUGUCAAGCUUGUCGUUCUGCUUUUCAAUUCUGACUCCAACCCUGACAAGGCCAAGCAAGUUGAACUGAUGAGAGAUUAUCGCGUCAAGUAUCCAAAAGCUGACAUGCAGAUUUUGCCUGUGUCUGGAGAGUUUUCAAGAGCUCUGGCCCUUGAAGUAGGAUCUUCUCAGUUUAAUAAUGAAUCUCUACUCUUCUUCUGUGAUGUUGACCUUGUGUUUACUACAGAAUUCCUGCAACGGUGUCGAGCAAAUACGGUUCUGGGCCAACAAAUAUAUUUCCCCAUCAUCUUUAGCCAGUAUGAUCCAAAGAUUGUUUAUAGUGGGAAGGUUCCCAGUGACAACCAUUUUGCCUUUACUCAAAAAACUGGCUUCUGGAGAAACUAUGGGUUUGGCAUUACUUGUAUUUAUAAAGGAGACCUUGUCCGAGUGGGUGGCUUUGAUGUUUCCAUCCAGGGGUGGGGGCUGGAGGAUGUGGACCUCUUCAACAAGGUUGUCCAGGCAGGUCUGAAGACAUUCAGGAGCCAAGAAGUAGGAGUAGUCCACGUCCAUCACCCAGUCUUCUGCGACCCCAAUCUGGAUCCCAAACAGUACAAAAUGUGCUUGGGCUCCAAAGCAUCCACAUAUGGGUCUACGCAGCAGUUGGCUGAGAUGUGGCUAGAAAAAAACGAUCCAAGUUACAGUAAAAGCAGCAAUAAUAAUGGCUCCAUGAGGACGGCCUAAUGUCCAGCUUUGCUGGAAAAGACAUUUUUAAUUAUCUAAUUUAUUUUUCAAAAAUUUUUUGUAUGAUCCAUUUUUUGAAGUCCAAGGAUAUAUUUUCCAAGUGGUUUUCUUACAUAGGACUCCUUCAAGAUUGAGCUUUUUGAACAAAAAAUGUGAUCAGUGUUUGCCUUUGAACACAUCUUAUUGCUAAACAUUAUGUAGCAGACUUGCUAGUGUCUGACUUGAAACAUACCUGAUGAACAAAACUUUUGGGGUUUUUUUACAUUUUUUCCCAGACUCCUUCUCUACAGUCCUAUGGCAGAAAACGUAAACAUUCCUUCAAAGUAUUAUUGUGACAAAAACACUGUAACGCUGGUAAAUGUUCUAUUGUGACUGUUAACCUUCCAGAUUCUACCUUUGGUUUUUUUUUUAAAUUUUGUUUUUAACAACAGCUUUUUUUAAAAAAAAAAACAAUUUGUAUUCCAUUUGUAAGAAAGGAAAUGUGUUAAUACGGUAUCAUCAUCUUCAGGAAGUUUUCCAAAGUUGAUUGUUUCCCCUAAACUUUGCUCUACCCAUCAAGGUCAAAGGUUUCUGUGAGCAAGGGGUAUGAGGAAAGCACAGCAAGACUGGUGGUUCUUCAUGCAGUUCCUUUGGCCCAGACAGACCUGGUGGGAAUUCCAAGAAGGAUUGGGCUUUUUCCUCUCUCCCUGACUCUUCUCUGUAGAGGGUAAAAUAUUAAUAUUUAGAAUGACAAAAGAAGAAUUAGUGUAAUAAUCCUAAUGUAUGCAGGCUAAACAAAUGAAAACACCCUGAUGAAAGCAUUGGGGAAGACACACUUGGUUUUGUUCGCUUCAUCUUGUCUGUGUUAAAUUGGUGGAGAUAGUUACUUCAUUCUUUAAUUGUUGUUUUGUUUUAUCCCUUGUAUCUGAAAUACCUUUAAUUUAUUUAAUAUCCAUGGUUUAGAACGCCGGCAUUUCUGAGUACCCGUUAGUAGUAUUUAUAUGUACCAGGAGUGUGGUUAGUAUGUUUUACUUGCAGUACACCAAUCUCCAAAGAUUUCCUUUUGAAAGUACUUUUCCCCCUCCUUAAUUUUCACAUUCCUAUUUUACUAAAAUAUUAAGUGUUCUUGGACAAUUUUGGUGCUCAUGUGUUUUGGGGACAAAAGUGAAAUGAAUCUGUCAUUACACCGGAAUGUUUGUUUUCAACUCACAGAUCAAAUGUGCCUUAAUAAAUUGUUUUUUCAUUUAGAUAUCAAACAGUUGAUAGACUUGCCAUUUUAAUACACAUCAUUGGAGAUCAGCUUAUUUGUAAAUAGCCUGUUGCUCAUUUGGAAAAAUAAACCAGUGGACAGUAUUUUUUUAUUGUACUUUGCAGAACCAUUUUGUCUCGUUAUUCCUGUUUUAUCAGAAGAAUUAUAUUCAAAACUGACUUUGAA